CUCACAUACACUCUCCCGAGAACUAGAAGUCGGUUGGGUGUUUAUAUAAUGAAGAAUUAUGGGGCUCUUUGAUCGAGGUGUUCAAAUGCUUUUAACCACCGUUGGUGCUUUCGCUGCCUUCAGUCUGAUGACCAUAGCUGUGGGAACCGACUAUUGGCUCUACUCCAGAGGGGUUUGCAAGACGAAAAGUGUAAGUGAGAAUGAAACCAGCAAAAAGAAUGAGGAAGUUAUGACCCAUUCUGGAUUAUGGAGAACCUGCUGCUUAGAAGGGAACUUCAAAGGUCUGUGCAAGCAAAUCGAUCAUUUCCCAGAGGACGCAGAUUACGAAGCUGACACGGCUGAAUACUUCCUCCGGGCUGUGAGGGCCUCGAGCAUCUUCCCAAUUCUGAGUGUGAUCCUGCUUUUUAUGGGUGGACUCUGCAUAGCAGCCAGUGAGUUCUACAAGACUCGGCACAACAUCAUCCUGAGUGCUGGCAUCUUUUUCGUGUCUGCAGGUCUGAGCAACAUCAUUGGCAUCAUAGUGUACAUAUCUGCCAAUGCCGGAGACCCCUCCAAGAGCGAUUCCAAAAAGAAUAGCUACUCCUAUGGCUGGUCCUUCUACUUCGGGGCCCUAUCUUUCAUCAUUGCCGAAAUGGUCGGAGUGCUGGCCGUUCACAUGUUUAUCGAUCGGCACAAACAGCUGCGGGCCACCGCUCGAGCCACGGACUACCUCCAGGCCUCCGCCAUCACCCGCAUCCCCAGCUACCGUUACCGCUACCAGCGCCGAAGCCGAUCCAGCUCCCGCUCCACCGAGCCCUCACACUCCAGGGACGCCUCCCCCGUGGGCAUCAAGGGCUUCAACACCCUGCCGUCCACGGAGAUCUCCAUGUACACCCUCAGCAGGGACCCCCUGAAGGCCGCCACCACGCCCACCGCCACCUACAACUCCGACAGGGAUAACAGUUUCCUCCAAGUUCACAACUGCAUCCAGAAAGAUAACAAGGACUCUCUCCACACCAACACAGCCAACCGCCGGACCACCCCCGUAUGAAGCCCGCCCUCCACUGAGCAGGGAAGAGGAGCGUGGCCGGCGGGGAUGGGGGUGGGGGGGCCGAUGAGGGGGAGGGGGGACCAAACCAUCCACGGGGACCCUUCCAAAA